AUGAAGAAUCAAAUUUUUCCAAGAAAAUUUGAAAUUGCCACCGCUAACGUUAGUGUUAUUAUUAAUACCUAUUUAAAUGGAUUUUGUAAAAAUAAAAGAAAAUUCACAAAAAAAAACAUUAUUACAACAACUACUACUUGUUCAAAUCAGUUUCAAAGAUCAUCAUUAUUGCUUUAUUGUAAUUUAACAACGAAUAAAGGACAUUACAAUAUUCCCAACGUUAACAUCAACAAUAAUAGAUUAAAAUAUUAUUAUUCUAGCGAAUCUUUUAAAAAAGAAACAAAAGAAGACGAUUAUUAUGAAUCAAUAUUUAAAAAGAAAAAUAGUAAUUUAACACCUUUUGAAAUUUUUAAUUUACCAAAAAACGCCAAUGAUGCUGAAAUUAAAAAAAGAUAUUUUGAAUUGGUAAAGAAAUAUCAUCCUGAUAGUAGUAAAGACAAUUCAACUGAAUCAUUGGAUAAAACGUAUAAAGAUAAAAGUCAUAUUAAAGCUUAUGAACAUUUAGCAAAUUCAAAAAAAAAUAGUUUACAAAAUGCAAAAAGAAUAAAAACUGAAGUAAUGUUAGAUUCAAUAUUUUUAAAUAGUGAAAAUGUUAAUGAUAAAAACAACAAUAAUAUUUGUAAUAGUUCAACUAUUUCUUCAUUAUGA